ACAGACUUGUCUUUGAGAGUCUAGAGGAACGGAGCAGCCCUCUCUGAGCGGACACAAACCAGAGGCACCUGCACACACAUUUGCGCUUCAAGCAGAACUUUUUGGCGACCUCAUUGACUUUUUUGGCGAGGGUUUUUUGAACUUUUAUUUCAUCUUCCAUUCAUGUGCGUUUGAGAGAUCGCUAAAAGUCGCCCGAAUGUAUAACAUGAUGGAAACCGAGAUCAAGACCCCGCUCCCGCAGUCCAACUCGGGCUCGGCGCCGGGCGCAAAGAACAACAGUGCCAGCGACCAGGAGCGGGUGAAACGGCCGAUGAACGCCUUCAUGGUGUGGUCCAGGGGCCAGCGGAGGAAGAUGGCCCAAGAAAACCCCAAAAUGCACAACUCUGAAAUAAGCAAGCGGCUCGGUGCUGACUGGAAACUUCUGACCGACGCCGAAAAAAGGCCGUUCAUUGACGAGGCCAAGCGUCUACGGGCGAUGCACAUGAAGGAACACCCGGAUUAUAAAUACCGGCCCCGCAGGAAGACCAAGACGUUGCUCAAGAAAGACAAGUAUUCUCUGCCUGGAGGGUUGCUGGCGCCAGGAGCCAACGCCGUGAACAACUCGGUGUCGGUGGGCCAGCGGAUGGACGGUUACGCGCAUAUGAACGGCUGGACCAACAGUGCGUACUCCCUGAUGCAGGACCAGCUGGCCUACCCUCAGCAUCACAGCAUGAACAGCCCCCAGAUCCAGCAGAUGCACCGGUACGAGAUGGCCGGCCUGCAGUACCCGAUGAUGUCCUCGGCGCAGACCUACAUGAACGCGGCGUCCACCUACAGCAGCAUGUCUCCGGCGUACACGCAGCAGACCACCAGCGCCAUGGGGCUGAGCUCCAUGGCGAACGUGUGCAAGACGGAGCCGAGCUCACCGCCGCCGGCCAUCACGUCCCACUCUCAGCGGGCGUGCCUGGGUGACCUGAGGGACAUGAUCAGCAUGUACCUGCCUCCCGGCGGGGACAGCGCGGAGCAUUCCUCCCUGCAGAGCAGCCGGUUACACAGCGUCCAUCCGCACUAUCAGACCGCAGGGACUGGCGUCAACGGGACGCUACCUCUCACCCACAUCUGAAAAUAAUUAAUGAAUAAAGACCUUAAAAAUGUACUUCGGAUACUUGAACUUUUUUUGUUUUGGUUGCUGCAGAAAGAACGUUCAGCAGAUUCGUUCAACAGUUGUGUCUGAAAAUCCUAACUCGUCCGUUUCAUGAACUUUAAAUGGACCGAAACUGAACGCUGAGCACCAGCUCCGCAGAGGCUUUUCAUCACAAGUAGAAGCAAUCAGCCUGUGUAGAAGAACUGGACUUCUAUAUUUUCAAUAAAUGCCAUAUUUUCUCUCUUUGAAAAGGCAUGUGGCCUCAUGAAGGGGCUGGCGUAUUUCAGAAAAAAAGUUGGAUGGACAGUCUGUUCAUAAAUGUUUACACUUAAUUUGUAGAAUGUCAGUCGUCUCCACUGUGUUCACCAACUUUGUAGUCCCUUUCUGCUUUAUUUUUAUUUCCUCCCCAACAUGAACUAGGGUAAAUGAAAUGAAAAGACUGUGCCGGUCGCAAACGCAAGUUUUAUUUAUAGCAAUAUUUCAGUUUCUUUUCUUAUUUAGCUUGUGCAGCCCGAUGUUUUGUCACGUGAAAAUAUUCAAGAACUUUUCAUUUUUGUUUGUAUUUUUUGUAAAUUGGUUUUGUUCUGUGAUGUUUUUUGUUUUUUUUGACUGUCAUGUUUCCUCAUUUAUCCCGAACGAAAAAAAUGGUUUAUUUAAACUGACGUUUCUACACAUUUUAAGACCAUCCUCUAUUCUUAAAUGCUGAAUAAAUUUCUACGAAACGUAA